GCCGAUUCAUCUUUACACAACGGAAGAGUGCGUUCUUUCGCCCACGAACGAGGAAAUUGGGCCACAUUUGUUUAUAUACAAUAUGAAGACGAUGGCCUGGUAGAGAUGAUGUGCAGCGACUUGAAGAAAAUCUUUCCUAAACUGAUGAACGUCGACGAUUACCAUAUCAGUGUAACAAAGACAUUUGUAUUGAGACAUCAUUUGAUCGAACCCUUCGUGAAGACUGUUAAAGAUAAUAUAAAGUCGAUAGAAAAAUUUGAUAUAACUUUUGGUGACUUACAAAUUUACACAAACGAAGACAAAACCAGGACAUUUGUCGGCUUGAAAGUCUCUUCGGGUGUUAAAGAUUUGUUGAGGGUUGUCGAAGAGAUGGACAAAAGUUUGGAGGAUUAUAAACUACCUGUAUACUACGAGGAUCCAUCCUUUCACAUGAGUAUAUUAUGGUGUACGGGUGAUCACAAAGAAGAGCUUUUGGAAUUGUUAGAAAAAUUGAACGAGACUUUUUAUAAAAUUAUUGAAUCCAGUGCUGAUAAUUUUAAUGCUUUAGAAUUAUCAGUCGAUAGGCUAAUUUGUAAAACAGGGAAUCAGUUGUAUCAUUUACCUUUUUAA